AUGACUACUGUCGUCGUGAUUCCCGGUGCCUGGCUCACGCCGGACUUCUACCAGCCCUUCCUGAUCGCCCUCAAUCUAGCCGGUUACCGCACGCACUUGGCAGGCUAUCCCUCGCUCAAUCCUUCCAACCCUGCCACAGCCGACUGCCAAGCCGACAGCGACGCAAUUCAGCGCGAGCUACGCAACUUGGUUGAGGAUCAAAGCCAAAACGUGGUGCUGUUAAUGCACUCGUACGCCGGCAUGCCUGGCGCAUCGGCUGCUUGUGGAUUGUCCAAGGUGGAACGACAGCAGCAGGGCAAGUCUGGAGGAAUCCUAGGGCUGAUUUUCCUGGCGGCCUUUAUGGUUCCUGAAGGCCACAGUUGCGCCGGUCUUCAGGGCGGACAACUCCCUUCUUGGAUCCUUCUCGACAAGCCCUCUGCGCAACUCAACAUCGUCGACGACCCAGUCGGCAACUUCGCUCCGGAGGUUGACCAGGCACUCCUAGGCGAUCUUAAUAGCUACCUGAAACCCCAUUCUUCCUUGGCCUUCUUCUCUCCACAGCCUGUUCCGGCCUGGACAGACGCUGCCUACGCCGGACGGCUUGCCUUUAUCAUCACUACGGCGGACAAGGCGGUGCCCAAGGAGGCGCAACGCUGGAUGAUUACCAACACCGAAAAGGAGUUCAUCGUCAAGGAGAUGGAAUGCAGCCACCUGGCACCGUUCGUUGAUCGCAUCCCCGAGACAGUGGGCUUAGUCGACGACCUGCUCCCAAUAUUUCAG